AUGACGGUCCAUUCUCUAUGUAGUCAUGUCGAGCGCUCGCACAUCGUCCCUCAUCUUUCCGCGUCUCGUCCACGCCUCUUCGAGCUCAUCAAUCCCGACUUUCUCUCUCCAUUGUCAUUCGAGCUUACGAAAUACCACCUCCUCGUGUUUGCUCGAUGGAUUAACAGUUCGCCCGAUGGAUUAACACUUCCACAAGACCCUCCCAGCGUGGAAGCAAACCGCUCUCUCGUGCACCAACCGACAACGACAACCCUCGUUGAGCCCAAUGGCACUGCCGAGGUUCACAAUGUCACAGGUCUGGUUCGCCUUCAGUCCCACGAAGGCACAAAGCCUUCAGUUCAACCUGCCCGUUUUCAAGCUCUGCCACUUUAUCUCCUGCACACUCUACUCUACGUACUAUACACAGCACUGUGUCCGCUCAUAGUGCUCCUCUGGUGGAUGAACGUCACUCAAGGGCAAGUGAGGGAGUGGUUGCUCCUGCAGGGCUUGGCUGCGAGAGCUAAGCUGACGAUGCUGAAGAGAGCAGCUGCGUCCUUCAUGGAACUUGAUAACUACCCGCUUCUUCGCAAAGCCAUUGAGAUUGGCAGUUUUGGAAAGACAGUGAUGAAUGAGACUUUGGUGGUAGUGCUGAGACAAAGGGCGGGAACAGAGUCGCUGGAAGUAGCUAUGUUGAGGGCAGAGGAGCGAAUAAGCUCAUUAGAGAGGCACCUGGAAGAUUCAAGGAAGGAACUGGAGGAGCGUGAGGGAGCAGAAGCUGGGGUGAGAAGAGAAGUGCACGAGACGAAAGAUGAACUGCAAGCACUGAAAAGGGAGCUGGAGCACGAGAGGGAGGAGAGGGGUGAGCGAAGUGAGAGAGCACAAGCUGAGCUAAACGAGCUGAGAACACAGGUGCAGGAGACGAAAGAUGAAGAGCAAGCACUGACAAGGGAGUUGGAGCAGCGUGAGAAGCUUCAGAGAACAGAAGCUGAGCUGAGUGAGCUGAGAAGGCAAGUACAGGAGAUAAAAUCUGAAGAGCAAGCACUGACAAGGGAGCUGGAGCAAGAGAGGGAGGAGAGGAGGAGAGGGGUGGGUGAGUUGACAGACGCACUGGCUCAGGGGAAUGCAGCCAUGGAACGAUUGCAGAGGGAAGCAGGUGAGAGGGACAGGGCUGUGCAUGCGCUCAUGCUCUCUGUGGAUCGGGUGGUGCAAAUGGCUCCUUGUAAACUGGAGCUGGUGGUUGUCAAGUCAGCUUUGGCUGCACUGAAAGAAAGAGUUCAUGGUUACAAGACAGCUGCUGACAGGGAGAUGCGUGAAGUUCGGGAGCAAGCGGGGAGAGAGUUGAUGGAAGUGAAAGGGGAGUUGGCAGCAGUGAAACGAGAGGUAUGUGAGAACAAGGCUGCGUCUCAACGGAAGCUGAACGAGUUGAGAAACAUCAUUGGUGCGGUGGAGCAGAGAAACGGCUGCACUGCUGCAAGCGUGGCGGAGAGGGAGAAGGAGUUGGCAGCAGUGAAGUUGCAGGUGGCGGAAGUGAGUGAGUUUAGUGAGGGCAAGUUGGCCACAGCGAGGCAGGAUUUGUCUCAAGAGAUUAUAGCGGAGGUGGAUGAGAUAAGGAUGAAGUUUCAGGAGAGAAACGCCAAGCUUGAAGCUGUGCUGAAGCGAAGGGAGAGGGAGUUUGCAGCAGUGAAGCAGCAGUUGGGUGAGUUCAGGAAGGCUGCAAAGCAAGAGGCGAAUGAACUGAGGGACAUAGUGGGAGCGUUGCAGGAAGGCAGUGAGAACGCUGGUGCGAGGGUGAGGGAAGAAGGCGGAAGGGAGCUCAUCAAGCAACGCUGUGAGGCCGUGUGGAACGGCACGGCGGAAGGAGGACACCACGAUGGGGCCGGUCAAGCUAUCUGGCAGAGACUCGAUUCCGCCUCAGGAAAGCCAAAGCUGGAUAUGAGCGGAGCUGCUCUUGCCCUCUGGGAGGUGUGUCAACCACAAGACGCUCUGCCUCCGGCUAGGCUGGAGUGGGAAUAG